AGAGAACAGACACACGAAAUAGAGACUGCUCGAGGAUGGAGUGGUUGAUUAGGGUUGCGUAUUUUCCUAUCGUCCUUCGCCGCGGCUAACCGCAGAUCUGUGGGCUCCUUCCGCCAUCAACCGAGAGAACAGUUCAAGAGCGAGAACAUCAUAUUUUGGUUUGAUACCGACAUAUAGAUGGACCAGCAGCACGCGAUCUUCCAGGACUCUCACGAAAUACGCAAUGGCAGCGCUACGGCUCUUUCCCAAGCUCCACAACAGCCUCAUCAGCAGCAGCAGCAGCAUUUGACAACCGAGUUCCCGUCGACGGCGCAACGAAGUUCAGCCUCCGCGUCCCCGGCCCGAGAAGGGUCCAUCGCUCGGGGUGGGUUCCCAUUCAAGAGAUCAUAUAAGGCAUGCUUGCACUGUCGAGAACGCAAGGUGAAGUGCGAUCUGGGAUCGUUAGAAAACCCUUCUGAGCCGCCAUGUGCGCGGUGUAAGCGCGAAGGCCGCAAAUGCCAUUUCGUACCUAGUCGGCGUGGAGGCGCGAAAAACGUCAGGGCUGGCAAAGCAAGGAAGUAUUCAGAUCUAGCGAAUUCAGAAGAAGGCAGCGAAAACGAAGACGAGGAUUCUGGUCGAGCAAAUUCAGAGGACAACGGACCGAACGGCAGGCAGCCGAAGAAAUCCCGAGCGGAGCAGAAGAUCACCGGCUCAUUGAUUAAGGAUCGGGGGCUGCACACUGCGGCCGACGCCUUGAAUAUUCUCGCUCAUGUGGCGGAUUCUGCAGAAGGAAAGGAUAGAGGAGAUGGAUUAGCAGAGACAAACAGCACGUCGCAGCCAUAUAAGCGGAUAAAAGCGAAGGAGACCCAUUCUCGUUGGAUAUUCAGGUCGUCGAAGCUCAGUCUAUUUUAUCCCGUUCAGGCCGGAAUAAUUAGUGAAUCCGAGGUCAUGAUCCUAUUGAGAUUCUUUUUCGAAACGCUGCACCCCUUCUAUCCCUAUAUCCCACCCGGGCUGCAACCUCCAAACAACCUGGCGGCUCACCCUAUGCUCCUAGUAACCAUCCUAUCCAUCUCAUCUCGCUACUGUGCAUUACCUGAUGUAUCUGGAGACUUGAAUCCGCCUCCAGCUGCGGGGAUGACAGCGCGCUCAAAAGAAGUGCACUCUGCGAUAUGGACGUAUGGCGAGAGUCUCAUAUCGCAAACCGUCUGGGCCGAAGCUAGCAGCAUCUCUUUAGCAACCGUUCUAGCAUUCCUUCUACUAUCGCAAUGGAACCCGAGAUCUGUCCACCGCCGAAAAGGCGACUACGCAAACCCGACCCAUCUUCCUAGCAACGACGAAGACGGCCGCGGCCCUGAAGGCGGAGGCGGAUACGGCGGCUUUGCUGCCGCGCGCCGAAGCGAUCGGAUGGCGUGGAUGAUGAUCGGAGUCGCGAUCCGCCUUGCGCAGGAUAUGAAUCUUUUCUCGAAAUGGCGGGAGAUUUCGCUUGCUUGUUUCUAUUCGGACAUCACGCUCGCACUGCGACUGGGGCGGCCGUCCAUGCUGUCGUAUUCGUUUCAGGAAACAUCCACGAUUUCGUUCUCGGCGCUGGAUAAUGCGAAGCUUGACAUUUUGCGGAUUCUGUCGUUUGCGCACCAGAGUCUGUACUCAAAUCCAGAGUCAAUGUACAAGAUUCUCAAUUCAGACAGCUACCUUCCCCUGUUGCGUUACUUUCGUUCACGUCUUGCUGCGUGGAACACAAAGUACCAGCUACUGAUUAUUGAAGACAAGAUUGAGCGUGAAUCUUUGAUGCUGGAAUACCAUUACGCCGAGCUAUAUAUUUAUUCGCUUGCGCUUUCGCCGCCCGGUCACCGACAGGUAGACGGAUCACUCGCAGAUCUAUAUAUCUUGCUCGCGACGCGAGCCGCUGAGCAGAUAAUCAGAGUUAUCCAGCGAGUAUAUGAAACGGGAUAUUUGCGAUGGGCGCCGAUUCAUUGGUUUGUGCGCGCAAUUCACGCAGCAAUCUUCCUUGCCAAGGUAUUAGCGCUCGAACGCGACCCCGACCCCGACCGGCAACAGGAGCUUAUAUCGUCGAUUCGUGGGCUGGCGUCUACACUGCGAGAUGCAUCGCCAGACGAUAUACAUCUUGCGACAAAGUAUGCCGAGACGCUGUUCAAAUUAUGCGAUAAUAUUGAGACUGAGCUGAAGAAAGCGGCGCCGCAGGAGAGCGAUGUCGCGCAGAGCCAGGGUCCGUCUAGUCAAAGGAGUGUACCCGGUUCUUCGGACGACGCCACUGCUCACAAUGGAGGCAGUCUAGAGUCUCUGGGCGAGACCAAGGACGUGGAGAAUAACAUAUUUGAUUCGGCGUACGGAGCUACCGGUAUGGUUAAUCUGGAAGAUAUGAAAUGGUUCAUCGACUCCUACGGUAUCGGAUUCGACGGUAACUUCACUGGUGAGCCAGAGUGGCUUGCAACAGGUCUGGUGUCGACUACCACUGCCCCAACAAUGCCGCAUUAUGAUAGCGCAAGCUUACCUGAUGGGGUGGCGAAAGAAUACGUUGACAAUGGAGGAGCGAGUAUAUCGCCCGAUGAGCACGCUCAUAUGAUGCAUAACGAGAUGGGACCGCGGGAACGGAUGCCACACACAUCGCAGUAUAUGGCUCCAUAUUAUAAUCUGAACUCCUCGGUACAGCAACAAACGAAACCAGUACCCGUAUCGCGAUCUCCCUAUACUCUGCCUCUGCUACCCGAGCUACAGAAAGAUUCGCAACAGUCACAUCAUUAUCAGAACCAACACCAACAACAGCACGAGCACCAGCAGCAACAUCCACAAGCACAUCAAUCCGAGCUGUGGAAUCACGCUCCACAGCAUUAGCAGGCCGAGCAUCAGAAUGGGCAUAUCAUUAAUUCGCAUACCCAGCCACCGAUUCCACCGAACUCUGAGCAUAUUGAAGGUCGCCCUGAAGACAAUAAUGUUUACAGAUAUCAAUAGAUGCAGGAUCUGGGGCAUAAAAGAUAUAAAGAGGCGUAGGGAAUUUGUGUUUUUAUACAGUUAUAAUACUUUGUAUUAAUAUUCUGCUACAUUUAUACCGUCUAAUAUAUAAUAUACGUAUACAGCAUUCUUAUGUGAU